UCUUCUGAUAGCUUUAAAAGAAGCGUAGACUCAAAACCAGAUCCUGCAGAACGAAAUUCGUACUCUGAAGACGGCAAUUUCCCCCGUUGGCAGUGGUCCAACCUCCACCGCUUCGCAGUCCUCCCAAGGCACAACCAGUAACACAAAUUCUGUAUCAGACAAUGCCUUGGGCCAAGUGUCGAUCCUCGAGACGAAGGAAUCCAAGAACAAACUUCAAGCGGCAGCAAGGAGAUUAGUCGUUUUUGGCCACACCUGGUGGGAUAAAAAGGAGAUAUUCGGCAUUGACCAAGUUCUAGCACGGCGAGAGCUAGAUGCUACUCUCGCGUUCCAUCCUGGCGGUCCGGCAAAUAUGGAGAAAAUUGUCAAGAUGAAGCUUGUUCUUGAACUCUACGCCUCUCUCCCAAGCCACUAUCAUGUCUUUGUCGGUGGAACUAUUCCGGGAUCUUAUUAUAAGAUCGAAAAAAUAAUGAAGCGCGCAGCAACAGACAUUCGUCCAAGUCUCAUCAACCGGAUUAAAGCGAACGCGGCGGAGAUCUGCGACGGCGUAGUUCCUCUUGACUGCUUUGGGGGAGACCUCGAUAGGCAUGCCGAUCCGUUAUGUCGGCAGCUCGUUGGCUACGAGCCUAGCAAAGAGAACAUGGCCCGCUUGUGUCCAUGCCUCUAUGAGCCUGGAAAGAAAGUCGGCGGGGAUAGUUUAUUCAGAAGUCCUGCGAUUUUGAAGAUCCUGGUCUGUAUUCUCUGGGGAGCAAGCGGCCUCAGAACAUCACAGUUUCAGACGAAGACAACUUAUGCUGGGCUAUGGUCGGUCACGGAGGUGACGCCGGCCGCCAUCGCAUUCGCAGCAAUCACGCUCCGCUUUCUGCUCUCCGGAGACCCCUCCUUUACCUCAGACAGAGGUGCGAAGUCCAAGAUCAACUACUUCUCCGACUACGAGUUUUACGUCAGCGUUAUCGAAAAGAAGCUUGCUGAAGGCUCUAAAUCCAUGUCGGCCACCGUUCAACUUUUUAACGAGCAAGUCUUCCCUACCUCUAGGCAUGUUGUAUCGGGAGUACCGACUGUAAAAGCCGGUUUAGAGGAGAACCCCGAAGAAGAGGCAAUUUUGAGAGGACUGGAUGAGGUUGAGGCGGAGAUCUACUCGGAUGAAUCCGAUUUUGAUAGCAAGGCGCCCAUUGUCACCGCUCAUUCUCUCAAUCUCCAGGCUGACUCUCGGGCUGUCCCCACCCUCAUAACCGAGAGCGUUGGUGCGACCGCAUCUGUCCCUUUGGCGCAGCCUGGCACCACCACCUCAAAUGUGACGGGAGGAAAGAAGAAAAUAGACCCGGAUCCAGGGGUGCCGGCAUGCUGCAAUGCUUGUGGCCGAGGUCUUGCGGCGUGAAGUGAUACGGAUGGCAGAGAAGCUGUGCAUCGCAUCCGAUAAUUCCUGAGGGUCUUCAAACCAAGGAACGGGUGCUCCAAGCUGAGGGCAGCGGGUUUCCCGUGAAUAUGUCUUGGUUCCAAGAUGCCCUUUUUCAUCGAAUUAUUUCGUCGAGUCUUCAUUUUUGUCUUGUUUCUUGGUUCCUGCGUUUUGGCGCGAGUUUC